ACAACUUGCCUUGCCAGAGCCCUCCUUCAACGUCGACACCAGACCACUCGGGGCUGGAAUGCUCAUGCAUGCGCCACCAUGCACCCUUGACUACAAUCUUGCCCUCUCUGUCACUCGCUUCGGUGUUCCAGGCUGCUGCUGGCAGGGCGUGGGCCAAGACACGCCCGACGCGUGUGUACAAUCGGGUCAAUCUCCGCACAGAAGGGUCAGCUUCGAGCAACCUACGCACGGCGUAUGGAGGUCCUGAUAGUGGACGCGAACCAGGAGAGCCUUCGUCGUCCAUCACAUCGACGCAUUGUGCCGCGUCAUCCUCCAGGACCGGGGCGCAUUUACGCGUCCGUCCUUCUCUCCACACUCCACCUGUGCUUCCAACGGCAUCACUGCCUGAGAACACCGUAUCCUACACGGCGGACAAUCGCGCCCACGCUGGCGACGGUUCCCUGCCCUCUCCUGCAUCGAGGACCCCAGGUGUUACGUCCGUUGACGUCGACUCCUCGCCCCCUUCUGAUAGCGGAGCCUCAAGCUGCGCCUCGACCGGAUGCCUAACUUAUGAGAGCGAUCCGCCAUGGGACGCAACACAGGGUUCCGUUCCCGAGCAGGAGCUCCCUCGAGCUACACCUCGACACAUCCCUACGUAUAACGAGCGAGGAGGAUUUCCGCUUCCAGCGACGCCAAACGACCUACACCAGAACCUUCUCUGCGCUAUUACGUCGGGUGCUCGCCCUCGUCUGCAGAUGUUGCUCGAGUACCAUGCGGCGUUUCCUACCCUACAUUCGACCGCCUCGUUCAACAUCCUCAUCAGAUACGCCAUACGUCACGCCAGCUUCGGUACGGUCUCAGAUCUCCUUCGUCGGAUGGUGCACGAGGGGGUUGCGGGAAACGAGGAGACACGAGCGCUGCGAGUGCGGGGGUUGGUGCGGUCGGGCCGCUGGAGCCAGGCGUGGAACGAGGAGCUGGAGCAGAUGCAGCAGGGCGGGCAGGGCAUUCCAUUACCGGUUUGGCUCGAGUUUUUCGGGUCUGUGAAACGGGGAGCCAUCAUGGACAGCAGCUAUGUGCGUGCACGUAAAGAGGCCGUCCGUCUCCAGACGCCAGCUCCCUCGGUGACCGCCGGGCGACUGAACGCACUCCUGGAUCACCCGCCGCUGCUGGCUGCUGCGGACGACUGGGGGCGGGUGCCUCCGCGCGUCGUCCAUGCCAUCGUCCGCGUCUUCCUGCUCACCCAGCCUCGGCGGCCGGCGGCGAUGGAGAUAACGGAGCGGUAUUUCCAGACGCUCCCGCACGAGCUCGACGACGGAUGGCGACGGGCGUGUCUCGCCAUCAUUCACCUCCACCUGACACUUGGACGUGCGCGGAAGCUAUCGGGCCACUUCGCCGCGCUCAGGACGCUCUUCGCUUUGCUCGAUAUGCACCACGACUUCCACCCGACCUCGACAACCCUCUUUUUCCUCCUCCAGACGCUCAGAUACGCGAAGGACUGUGGCAGCCGUGCGGACAGACUCGUGCGCUCCUUCGAAAGGCGCUGGGGUCCGGACAUCAUCGACCACAAGGUGCGACGCCGGUGGGCUUCCCUCUUGCUCAAACAGGGAAAAGUCGAACGCGCCCAGGCCGUCCUCGAAGCGCACGAUUCACUCGGUGGUGACCGAGCCUCAUUGAUGGCCGAAGAAGAGUCCAAUCAAGAAAAGUCUAACGGAGAUCUCGAGUCCGCGCUCCGGUGGCUCGACCUCCACAGGACGCAACGGCAGGCGAAAGAGCGAUGGCUCGGGCGACUGGUCCGGAGGCGAUUGUGGAGGGAGCAGGUGCGCCGUUCCGGAUAGUCUCCGUUGUGCGACAGUUGGGAUGAGGCGAGGACUUUGUGUUGGUGGGGUGCUCUGUCCAGGAACGUAAUGUUUGCAGGUUAUACAAUCUUACGCUAAUUGGUUUCCCC